UAAAAUACCGAAAAAUGAUAAUUUUUCCUAAUUUGUUAUGUAAUUAAGAUCAACCAUUACCUUAAUAGUCAUGGAAUGUAUUUCAUAAGAAGGCCAAUAGAAACUUCAUUUGAAAUAGGACAUUAAUAUAUUCUUAUUUGUUAUAAACGGUUACAUAAUCAGAAUGGAAGGAGCAAAAUCCGCUGUGGUUGCUCCAUCAUUUGGAGAUAAUCAGAGUUCUCAAUUUGAAGGAAUGGAUGCAGAUUUCAGUGACGAACAGUUUGAAGAUUUCACCAUGGACUCUGAGUAUAGCAAAAAUGAAGCGUUCAAAAAUAAGAAAAGUGUUGGUGCUGCAAGUUCAGUAGAGUCUUACCAAAGUUACACAGAUACAGGUCAGAAAUCUGCUAGGCAAAAAAUGGAAACUCCGUCUUGGGACCAGAUAAAAUUUGGAGCGAUUGGUAUGAAUGUGGCUGAAAAUAAAACUGCAAGUGUUAAACCAGAUUAUGAACAAGGUGCAGAAGCAAUAGCUGGUGAGACACCUGAUGAAAAUUUUGAAGAUUUUGGUGCAGAGGGCUUUGACUAUGAAGGUUACGAUGAUGGAUAUGAUGAUAAUAUGAUAAAUAAUGAUUACAUUAGUCCAGAGAAAGCAAAUAUUGGGAGUGCUCAACCUGUACCUCAACAGCAGAUAUAUUCACAGAAUUCAAGACAAGCUUUAGACUUUGAAAUGAAUGUGAAUAGGAAAGAAAAUGGAAAUACAGUGGUAAAGCCAUAUGAGCAUGAUAUAGCUGAUGAUAGAGAAGCCAUUUCUAAUGAGUUAACUGAUAUUGGUGAUGAGUUCGGUGAAGUGCUGAAUGAAGUGGAUGAACAAAUUAGAGAUACUGACGACCAGAUCAAGGAAAGUGUUGAUGAGUUUGCUGAUGAUGAAGAAGGGGAAGAGAAUGAUAAUGAUGAAGAUUACGAAGAAGAAGAUGAAGAUGAUGAGGAUCUAGAUAGCGAUGCAGAAUACACCGAAGAUGAUGGCGAGGAUGAAGAUAUCAAUGAAGCGCUGAAUUCACUUGGCAAUCUCGCUGCAGAUAUGGAUAUGGAAGUGGAGGGAAUGGCUGGAGAGACUGGUGAGGGGGAGGCCGGACCUUCUGAACCCUUGCAGGAUCCUUCAGGGGAUGGUGAGGCCCCAAAGGAAAAGAAGAGACGCAAACGAAAAAAGAAAGGGGACCAUGCGGAGGGUGACGGGGAGGGGGGGAAACAGAAAAAGAAACGGAAAAGGAAGGGGGAGAAGGGUGAAGGAGGCGAGAAAAAGAAAGGGGAUAACCAUGCAAGGAAAAAUAUCAGGAAAAUCUUAACAGAAUCAAAUCUCGACAAGGAGACGCUAGAUGCCCAGAAUGCUGAGUUGGACCGUCAACGACGACUACAGGAGUUGAAGAGACAGCAGCUAGCAGCACUGCUACAGACAGAGAGAGAACCGAAGAAAGAAAAGGACAGUCAGUUGAAAUCACUUCUCCAGUCUGCGGAAGAGGAAGCAGAGAAGACUGCUGAUCAUGUCAUGUCCAAGGUUGAAAUUAAGGAAGAACCUAUAGACGAUUUUAUUAAACCUAGGAAAGAAGGCGUAAUUGACAUCAGUAGUGGCGAGGAUGACGAUGAUGUUGUUAUGGUCCGUGAUGAAGAUGAGGACGAGGGUGAAGAUGCUAGUGAUGAAGAUUUUGCUGAGGCUGAGGAUGUGAAUAAUAGCGGGAGUCACAUCAACGACCAGUAUAACGUGCCGGACGAGCAUGGGAGGGUUCUCGUUAACGUCGGGCAUCCAACAUCCGAUCCAGAUAUCUACCUCUCACCUUUGGUUGCAAAGUGUAUAAAACCUCAUCAGAUCGGUGGAGUGCGAUUCCUGUACGACAAUUUGGUUGAAUGCAUCAACAGAUUCAAGACAAGUUCUGGCUUCGGCUGUAUCCUCGCACACAGCAUGGGUCUCGGGAAAACAAUCCAGAUGGUCGGUUUUAUCGACAUAUUUCUCCGUCACACUGGUGCAAAAUCGGUCAUGGUUAUUGUGCCCAUAAACACUCUCGCUAACUGGUUAGCCGAAUUCAAUAUGUGGGUCCCGGAUAAGGAGACUUGUGAGAAAUAUAACCUACCUGAAUCCGAAACUGACCCCCGUCCAUAUCGUACCUACCUAUUGAAUGAUAUUUACAAGAAUACACCUGCGAGAGCAAAAGUUGUUAGUGAAUGGUACAAGACUGGGGGUGUGCUGUUGCUUGGCUAUGAGAUGUAUCGGCUACUCUCCAGCAAGAAGGUACAUUUACAGAAGAGCAAGGGGAAGAAGAAAGUUGGAUCUGAUGUUAUUGAUGUCGAGGCCGAAGAUCGGGAUAAGAACCUGUUGAUGAAUAUCCAUGAGGCCCUGGUCAACCCUGGCCCAGAUCUGGUUGUGUGUGACGAAGGACACAGGAUCAAGAAUUCUCACGCUGGAAUCUCUGUGUCACUUAAACAGAUUAAAACAAAGAGAAGAAUAGUGCUAACUGGUUACCCACUACAAAACAACCUGAUAGAAUACUGGUGCAUGGUGGAUUUUGUCCGCCCAAAUUUCCUCGGAAAUAAGACGGAGUUCUGUAACAUGUUUGAGCGGCCAAUCAUGAAUGGGCAGUGUGUGGACAGUACUCCGCAGGAUAUGCGGCUAAUGAGAUAUAGGGCCCAUGUGUUGCAUAGUCUGCUGGAAGGAUUUGUGCAAAGACGAGGCCACACAGUACUUCAAGCCGCUCUACCUCCAAAGGAAGAGUAUGUUUUCAAGAUCCGCAUGUCGCCCAUACAGCAGAAGCUCUAUGAUAAAUUCAUGGAGUCCGUGACAGACUCUGAGUCUAAUGGAUGGGUUAAUAACAACCCUCUCAAGGCUUUCUCUGUCUGUUGCAAGAUAUGGAACCAUCCUGACAUUCUCUACAACUGCAUGAAGAAGAGUCUAGAUGAUAAUGACCUUGACAUUGAGACGGGAGAGCCCAAGAAGAAAGGGGGGCGGGCAGGGGGUAAGGGCAAGAAGGAGACCCCUCCGGCCACGCCCAACCCCCUUACCCCUAUGGUGGCUAGUCCAGCCUCAGAUACUACUGGUAGCUUUGGGUCGCAAGGAACACCAGGUGCAGUGGCAGGUCCCUCAACUCCUGUAGCGCCACUUGGGCCCACAGUACCAGCACCAGGAGUCCCUACUGUGGCAAACAUGGUUGGACCAAUGCCAUUACCCAAUUUUGGAAGAUCAUCUGAACCUACAAUUACAUAUGACUGGGCCAAUGAAAUUUUCAAGGACUAUGUCCCUGGUAUGUUGGAGAAUGGAGGGAAGAUGAUCAUACUAUUCAACCUCAUCUCAGAGUCACUACAGAUGGGAGACAAAAUACUUGUGUUCAGCCAGAGCUUGUUUACUCUUAACCUGAUCGAGGAGUUUCUUUCCAAGUACAAAGUUCCCAGGCCAGAAUUGGAUGAACUAUGGUGUAGGAACAAGAAUUACUUCAGAUUGGAUGGAAGUACUUCAAGCACAGAGCGAGAAAAACUGAUAAACUCUUUCAACAGCGAAACAAACAAAUGGCUCUUUUUGCUGUCUACCAGAGCGGGCUCUCUUGGUAUUAACCUAGUUGCUGCCAAUCGUGUAGUGGUCGUGGAUGCUUCAUGGAAUCCUUGUCACGAUUGUCAAGCUAUUUGUAGAGUUUAUAGAUUUGGACAGCUAAAGCCAAGCUACAUCUAUCGUCUUGUGACAGAAAACACAAUGGAAAAGAAGAUCUAUGAUCGUCAAGUCAACAAACAGGGCAUGGCAGACCGUGUUGUUGAUGAGUUGAACCCGCAAAACCAGUUUAAGAAGGAACAUGUGGACAAACUCAUGGUCCAUGAGAACAAGGAGUUUGAUCAGGUGGAUUUCUCGGAUCUCUCAGAGUAUGCAUCAGACACUUGCCUGUGUAACAUGCUCCAUAAUCAGGGACACUGGCUUACCUCUAAACCAUUUACACACGAAUCCUUGCUUAUCGACCGCAAAGAGUUGAAACUGACCAUGAAGGAAAAGCGUCUUGCAAAGCAGAGCUACGUGAUGGAGAAGCGUCUAAAUGUUUCAUAUAGUCGACCCUCAUAUUCGGCAUACUACCCCAGGGCUGGGGCUGGGGCUUAUCAAGGAACAAUCAGGGGCAGAGGUGGCAUGGUCCAGAGACCCAUCGCUAGUGUUAAGCCGAUGGUAUCCACGCCAGUCCCGAUGAGACCCAAGAUUGUUGCCGCGCCGACGGUUCUUAAGCCUGGGGUUUCAGUUCACCAGGUUCUUACAACAACAGAAAUUGUUCUACCGGGUACCAACACCACCACAGAGGCAGGCACCUCUGAACCCAAGAAAAUCCCAGCAGGUCAACAGGUCCUCGUUAUACGAACUCCGAAAGGCGUCUACAUCCGCACACCCGACGGCAAAAUCUUUGCUGUACGAUCAAAGCCACAACCAAACUCUAACUCACCUUUGGAUACUCUCGCAAACACGGGAUCAAACCUCAGUACAGGAGGAGUAACAAUUGUUAGGCCAACAAUGACAACGACUGUUAGCGCUCAGUCUUCGGGGAAAACUACGACUGGUGUGACAGUGAUAAGGCCUAACAUACGGCCUAGUCUUGGCACUACCACAAAACCCUUAACAAUCAUAAGACAAGGACCAGGUCAGGUCAGAACUAUCAUACCUGUGACCAUAAACAGAACUGGGUCUGGCACGUCUACAGUCACCGUAAAACCUUCCCCGACUUCAGCCACUCAAAUUGCUACAAUAGCUGCACAGUCACAAAAAGUCAGCUCUGCCCUUCAAAGUGCUGCCAAGAUCCGAAUUGUUGCACCAAAUACCAAUACCAGUAGCGCAACUGGUGGUAUGGCCAAAGUUAGUUCCCUUACAACUCUUCAAAAUCUUGCCAGCGGAGAUAAGAAAAUCAUCUCAAAAAGUCCUGCUUUCUCAGGAGGGACGACGGUUAUCAAAAACGUACAACCCAAGGUGCAAAAUGCCAUACAGAAUGUCAAUGUGAAUGCAAAAACUAUUGCAGCCCCUUAUGAAAGUGCUAAUGUUAUUGCUAACAAGCAAGCAGCUUCUCAUGAUAAGCCAGAGCCAAUGGAAGUUAAGCCAGCCACUGCUGAGUUGAAACCUAAAGUGAAUGAGGUUAAACCAGAAAGUGAGUUGAAGCAAUUGGUGCAGAAAUCUGAAUACGCCGACUCCAAACCAAAGAUGGAAACUCAGCAGAGCACAGACGCAGCAUGGAAUUUGCCACCAAUUGAUAUGAAGGCUUUGAAGCUUCCUCAACAAUUCAACAAAACUCCUACAGCAGCAGUAAAGGCUAAAGCAGAAAAGGGUCAGAGAAAGAGUUCGGCAAAAUCUAAAGCAAAGGAUAUGAAUAAAGGAUCAAAGGGUGGAAAACCUCCUUCUGGUACUGAAAUGCCAGGGAUGAAACGAGUUGGUACUCCAAAGUUCUCAUUGUCGAAUAGUCCCUCAGACUCGAGCAUGUCUGGAACACAGUCGCCAGAUGUGCAGAAUGAGCAUUUUGGUCAAAUGGUACCCCCUCAGAGUAACUUGGCACACCAAGGAAUUCUACCCAUGCGACCAUCAGAGAUUGAUCUGCACCAAAUGAAAUUGUCUGGCUCUAGUGCUAGUCUUGCAAGUAUGGGUGAUGGUUCUAACUUUGGAGGCGAUGGUCAAUGUGGUCAAAAUCUGUGGAGUCAUGGAAUGCAGAAUAACCAGUCUAUGUCACAGUUUUCUGGUGGCAAUCAGUUCCAGUCUAACACAGUUCAGCCAAUGAACACAGAGUCUAUGAACCAAUCAAAUUUGCCAUCUAAUAAUAGUAAUAGUAAUGCUGGAUUCUUCAACCCUGGAUUGCCUGAUAAUUCACAUACUGUGUCCAGUCAGAAUAAGAAUCAAAUGUUGCCUCAAGGUCAAGGUUCAGUGAACCAGCCAAUGAUGCAGAACCAAGGACAAGGGUUCUCAAAUAAUCAGAAUAUCUACGGAGGAUUUGGUGGACCAGCUUACAUUGAUAACCAAAGAAUGAAUAUGAACAACAGUAACUUGCCUGGACUUGGACACCAGAGUAUGAACAUUGGUAAUUCAAGCAUGAGUUCUGGAGCUCGUAUUUCAAACACAAUUUCUGGAAUUAGUAAUGCAAGCAUGAAUUCUGGAAUCGGUAAUUCAGGAAUGAGUUCUGGAACAGCUAUGAGCCAAGCAGAUCAGAAUAGUGCUACACCUCAUAGCCAGAAUAUGGGUGACUUUACAAUGAGUGGUAUUCACAAUAAUUCAAGUUUCUUGUCAGAGUUGACGGAAACGGAUGAAAACUUCUUGUCCGCAUUGGAUGAAAACAGUCAAGGUAGCUCUGGGGAAUCCUCUGAUCAGGGUAAUCCCUCUGUCAACAUAGACGCAGAUAGUAGUUCCACACCAAUUAUGGCAAAUAACAUCACGGGUGGACAAUUACAACAACAACAGGGACAGAUGAACUUUGACAUGUUCUCACAACAGAAUCAAGGUUUCUACCCUAAUUUCGGGAACAACCAGUUCAACAGGAAUUCUAAUUUUGGCAAUCAGCCAAACAUGAACAUGUCCCAACAAGGGAAUUUCCCAGGAGGGUCCAUGUAUCCAAUGGGGGGAAUGAUGCAACCGGGAAUGUUCCCGUAUCCCACCUUUGCCCCCUAUCCGUACCCCCCUAUGAUGGCACCAAUGCCAUACUAUCCAAUGCCGUUUCAACCUCAGUAUGGAAAUCAAGCAGGAAUGGGGCACCCAACAGGAAACAUUCCCCAAGGGACUCAAAUGGGGCAAAAUGCAGGGAGUUCUACAGUAGGAAUGCCCGUGGGAAAUCAAACAGACAGUAAUUAUCAGCCCGGAAUGGGAAAUUGAAAUUGGAUUCAUGAAAUUGAAAUACUGUUUGACACCUCAUUGUAGAAUAUAUGUUUUUAAAGUUUUAGGUUGUGAAUCAUUUUCUGUUACGAUAUUAAUGAAAUGUACUGAAAUCCAAAAACCUUUUAAUUAUUGCCAGUUUCAUUUUUUAUUACACUGAAUUGGUGAACAGAAUCUAGUGUGACUAGGUUUAAAAGCAGUUAUCUUUGAGUGAUACUGACCAUGGAGACUCUUUAAAAAGGCUCCCAUGUGAGUUAAAGUGAAACACAUUGGAAUUGCCUUAAAAGACAAGUAAUUAUGUGUAUGAUCUGACACUGGGAAACAGUUGUUAACAAAUUAUGUAUUUUACAUGCUUGUUAUUUGUACUGUUUAUUUGCACUUAUAUUUACAUUUUCUGUCAUUUUGUUUUAGCAAUAAAUGUGCUUGUAUACUUAAACCAUAGUCAGAUACUGCUAAAGACACACAACUGCGCUAUGAUUUCUUUUAUACUGUGGGUGAUUUGGCUAGGAAAAUCUAAUAAUCACAAAUAAUAAAUGGGGCAGUUUUAUUGAUUCCACAAGGAACCAGUGCUGAAAUAUGUACAGACACACCUUAUGUUUUCCCGUAGAAACAGAAUAAAAUUAAACUGUGUUGCCACAUCACUACAUAUUUUAAAACAAUUACUUAGACCACUCGCCUGUGGAGACAACUAACAACACAGGGUUGUUGAAAAGUAUUUGAAUAUAACAAGUGAUUUCAUUGGAAGAAGAAUGUCCUCCCCUGCCUUAUUCAUAUUCAUAUAAACGAGUGUUUGUCUGUCAAAUCUCCCACAGUAUGUAUGAAGUGUAAUGGAAGAAAGCACCUGGGUGACCGACAAUGAAUUUUAACAAUAGGCAUGAAUAUUAUGACUGUAUCCUGUUUUAGGUUUCAUUGUUGUGUAAGCGUAGAUUAGUGAUAACUCCUAGGUGAUGUUUAUAAUACAAUACAUACAUUUGUACAUAUUAAUGAUAGUAUGCAUGUGCAAUAGACUUUCUGUGUUGUGUUCUUUGACUUUUAUACUAUUGAAUAUUACAUUUUAAAUGUUUUCUCAAUGGAAUUCGGCCUUUUAUGCCUUUUUUGUUGAUUAUUAAUCAUGAUAAUGAAUCUUCUGUUAUAAAAAAAGGAACUAUAAAUAGGAACUAAUUUGAUGAAUGGAAUUAUUGUAUUUUCACGUUCAAUAAGAGAACAAUGUUAAAGAAGGCUGUUUUAGGUGGGGGUGGGGGCUCAAUUGCAAUUGGAUCUUCAUAUUACUUGUUGAUUUAAAGCCUGCUGACCUGAAGUUACACCAUAAUGGUUGGGGUAAAUUCAGUUUGAGCCAUUCUUAGAGCUUUCUGCUGAUGAUUUAAUUGCAAGGCCACGCUACAAUUUUAUUUUGUUGCACCAAUGGUCAGCUUAGUUUUGUAUUACAGAAAAAAUAAUUUCGUAGAAUAGUUUUUUUAUUGUAUCAUUUUUUUUUUUUCAUUGAAUGUGCAUGUAUUUGAUUUUUGAUAUUAAUUUUGUGACUCUGUUUUUAUGUUCAAAUGUUUAGUGUAUAUUUUUAUAAGUGAAUAUGUUUGUGUGUUUUUUUAUGAGUUUCUAUAUUAGUAACUUGAAGUCAUGUUGUCAGUAUUUUAUUGUUUUGUUAAUUAUAAACAUCUUUUGUUUUCUAGUUUUGUACGAAACAUGUAUAAAGCCCAUUUAUGCACUUUCACAACCCAUUUAAUUAGCUCUUCUGGCCCCAAGUCUUGUGUGUGCAAUAUGCAUGUCUUGUGUAUGCGAUAUGCAAGUCUUGUGUAUGCGAUAUGCAUGUCUUGUGUAUGCAAUAUGCAUGUCUUGUGUAUGAGAUAUGCAUGUCUUGUGUAUGCAAUAUGCAUGUCUUGUGUAUGCGAUAUGCAUGUCUUGUGUAUGAGAUAUGCAUGUCUUGUGUAUGCGAUAUGCAUGUCUUGUGUAUGCGAUAUGCAUGUCUUGUGUAUGCGAUAUGCAAGUCUUGUUUAUGGCCCUUGAAAUGCUGCAGCCCUUCUAGCAUCAGGUUUUUUUUAAGGUAGACAACUGCACACACUUGUAUUAUUGUAAUUAUUAUUUCCCUUUGCCCUUUUUUAAACAUAUGGUUCCCUUUGAAUUCAGUAUAAUAUAAAAAAAAUCUUGUCAGUAGAACUUGUUCAUAAUACUAAGGAAGGGCCUUAAAAACAAAGUCAAUGUUUUUGAUGAUCUAACUUAAAAUAACUCAUCAAAUUGGAGGUUGUUGAUUUAGGCAUCAGGGAUUGUCAAUAAUUGUCUUCGAAAUCUUAUAAAUUUAGCAACCAAAACAUGUUUCUAGGUUUUGUUUCAUCAAGUUAUCUUGGGCUUGAACCUUACGCUGCUCAAGAGUGCUUCGGGACACCGAUUAGGUUACAAGCAGAAUCUAUACUAUAUUUUUACUGAAGCAGUUUACGUCCAAAAGAGGGUUACAGGUGGAAAUUUACAAUCUUAAGCCUUACGAUUCUCAUUAAAAUGGGGGCUUCUAAGUUUUACCCAUAAGGCUACUCUUGAUGUGCCGAAUGAUCUGGAAUGAAACAAAUCUUUCCAUUUUAACAUGAAUCGGUGUCGAUAAAGAAAAUCGAAGAUUUAAUGAAAUUGUCUCUAUAAUUAUUUUUGAAAAUCAUUCAUUUACAUGUCUGAUUUUCAAGCUCAAGUAGAAAGUUAUUACUUGGAAAAUUUCUAUAUUCUUGUGUGCAUUUGAUUCCAAUUUAUUGUAUUCCCUAAAUUAUGAAUUUGCCACUGAGGAUAUUUUUAUAUACUUGUGUACAUUUUAUCCCUGUAAGGUUAUAUAAAAAAGAUGAAAAAAUAAAUAGAUAGACUUGAACAAUUUUAUGCUAGUCAUAUUAUUUUGUUGAAUUUAGAUGUUGCCAUAAUACCUAGUUGAAGUAUGACAAAACAUUGUAUUCCUGUAGUGUUUCUGUUCACAACAUUCAUAUGUGCUUCUAUCAAUAUGCAUAAUUUCUCCACCUUACCAUCUUAGUAAUUUUGUUGUAUUCAUAACAUUUGUAAAUAUAAAAUAAAAUGUCAUC